AUAUACUUCAAUUAUUAUUACUAUACACUAUUGUUGCCGUCGUAUAUGAAAAAAAAAUUUUUUUUAAUGAUAGAUGAAUUAUAGUACUAAUACAUCGACUGCCACCACGACGCCAAGAUUGCGGACAUUGCAAUCAUCAACAUCAACAUCGUCGUCGUCGUCGUCGCCGUCAGGAUCAUUAUUGUCCACCAAUCGCCAUCAUCAAUAUCAUCAUCAUCAUAAUAAUAAUAAUAAUAAACACAUCAAUUCGAAUGUAUCGAUCAAUAAUAACAACACGAACAACAUCAACAACAACAACAACACCCUUGCAAAUAAUCAUAAUCAUCAAUUGAAAAGCAAUAACUUUAUUGCCAUCGCUCAACAAUCAUUUAUUUCACCGCCAAAUCAUAAUUUAAAUCAUCCGAUUAUUGAGCAAACAAUUAUGAUGAUGUCUUCAAAUGAUGGCACUGUUAGUGGUGGUAUUACCACUAGCGGCGGUGGUGGUGGUGGUGUUGGUGUAUCUGGUGGAAAAUCAGUUUCAUCCAAAAUGUCCGAUAAACAAGCACAAAUUGGCGAAAUCGAACCAUUAUUGUCAUCAACUUCAUCAUCGACGACAAUAUCACCAAUGCAUGAAACGUAUAAUGCUAAUAAAACAACCGUAAUUAUACAUGAUAAUAAUAAUAAAGAUCAUCACCGUCAAAAUGAUGGUCAAUCAUCAUCGGUUCAUUUAACCAUGGAUUCAUCAUCAUCAUCAUCACCACAUCAUCGAAAUCAUAAUGGUCUCAUUCAUCAUAGUAGUAAUAGUAGUCAUAAUCCGGAAGGUGAUUCUUUACAUUCAUCUAUUGAAGAAGAAUCUAGUUCUCUGUUAAUGUCCAGUUCAGAUCAUUAUCUACAUCCUAAUCAAAACUAUAUGGUGAUAAGGACACAAUCAUUGAAAAAUAUUAUACUUUUAAAUCUUCUUUCACUUGUAUUUGUAUCGCUCAAUAUGAUUCUCAAUUUAUUGGUCAUUUCAGUGAUACAUGAACGAAUACCGAUGCAAGAACCACAUCUUCCUGAUAUAGCUUUUGAUGUUCUACCUGAUCAUAGACAUUUUCUUGAUAUAGCCGAAUAUGUCAUUGUUAUACAAAGUUUCUGUAUUGGUGUUUUGCUAUUCUUUCAUAAACAUAGAUCAACAAUAUUACGGAGAAUUUGUAUCAUUAUGGGUAUCAUUUAUUUUUUUCGUGCUCUUUGUCUGGCCUCUACCCAGCUACCGUUGGCCAGUAAAAAUUAUUAUUGCUCACCACAGCUAAAAAAUUCAUCUCAAUACGAGAACAUAACUUCGUUACAAUUCAUCGAAAUUAUCGUUUCACGUGUAUUCUACAUGAGUCUCGGUAUGGGUCUUUCAAUUAAUGGCCAUCAUACAUUCUGUGGUGAUUACAUUUUCUCUGGCCAUACAGUGAUAUUAGUUUUGACCUAUUUGAUACAACAAGAAUAUCUGUUACCUUCACGUCGUCGAACAUUAUCAUGGAGAUGUGUUGAUAUUAUACAGAUAAUAAUGACUUUAACAAGUAUAUUAUGUAUAUUAAUCGCACGUGGACAUUAUUUCAUCGAUAUAAUUAUUGCCUAUUUUGUGACAACAAGAAUAUUCUGGAUCUAUCAUACAUUGUGUUAUUUCAGUGCCAUAAAUUUGAAAUCUUCUUCAAAUCAUUUGAAUCGUGUUUGGUGGUGGCCAAUAUUUGUCUAUCUUGAAAAUAUCCGUGUCAUACCAAAUCAUCAUUCACAAUCUUUACCAAAUCAUUAUAACCAUUCUAAACAUCAUCAUCAUAUGAAAAAUGAUGAUCAUCAUAGAGUGAAUCAAGUACAAAGAAUUUUUGAAUGGCCACUUCCUUGGCCAAAAAGAUUUGCACGCCGAAAACAUCAUCGAUCGCAUCAAUUUUCUGCUUGAUUAGCCACAUUUUGUACAACCAUUCAUUCGUUCUAGCUAACCUGAUGCAUCCAAAACUUUGUUUGUGUUUUUUCAAAAGGAAAGUUUCAAACGGUCGAUAUGAAUCCGUAAACAAACAUUAACAAAAAAAAAAACAUAUGAGUGAUACACUACAAGUCGAGAUAUAUAUUGUUUAAAUCUCAAUUCAACUCUAAGCCAAAAAAAACCUUCAAAAUGGACAAAAUUUAUUUAUUUUUUUUUUUGCCUAUCAUAUAUAGAAUCAA